GGCAGUUGCGCGCUGGGAUUGCUGCCGAGCGGCGGACGGAAUUCAGCAUACAAUUGAAAUAAAAUGACAACCUCCUGGAGUGAUCGGUUACAGAAUGCAGCGGAUAUGCCUGCUAACAUGGAUAAGCAUGCCCUGAAAAAGUAUCGGCGAGAAGCCUAUCAUCGGGUGUUUGUGAACCGAAGUUUAGCGAUGGAAAAAAUAAAGUGUUUUGGUUUUGAUAUGGAUUAUACACUUGCUGUGUACAAGUCCCCGGAGUAUGAGUCCCUUGGCUUUGAGCUUACUGUGGAGAGAUUAGUUUCUAUUGGCUACCCUCAGGAACUUCUCAGCUUUGCUUAUGAUUCUACAUUCCCUACCAGGGGACUUGUUUUUGACACACUAUAUGGAAAUCUUUUGAAAGUUGAUGCCUAUGGGAACCUUUUGGUCUGUGCACAUGGAUUUAACUUCAUAAGAGGUUCUCAGGUAGCUGCUCAGAAGAGACCAGAAACUAGAGAGCAGUAUCCAAACAAAUUUAUCCAACGAGAUGACACUGAAAGAUUUUACAUUCUGAACACACUUUUCAAUCUACCAGAGACCUACCUGUUGGCCUGCCUUGUAGAUUUUUUUACUAAUUGUCCUAGAUAUACCAGCUGUGAAACAGGAUUUAAAGAUGGGGACCUCUUCAUGUCUUACCGAAGUAUGUUCCAGGAUGUAAGAGAUGCUGUCGACUGGGUUCAUUACAAGGGCUCCCUUAAGGAAAAGACAGUUGAAAAUCUUGAGAAGUAUGUAGUCAAAGAUGGAAAACUGCCUUUGCUUCUGAGCCGAAUGAAGGAAGUAGGGAAAGUGUUUCUUGCCACCAACAGUGACUAUAAGUAUACAGAUAAAAUUAUGACUUACCUGUUUGAUUUCCCACAUGGCCCCAAGCCUGGGAGUUCCCAUCGACCAUGGCAGUCCUACUUUGACCUGAUCUUGGUAGAUGCACGGAAGCCACUCUUUUUUGGAGAAGGCACAGUACUACGCCAGGUGGAUACUAAGACUGGCAAGCUGAAAAUUGGUACCUACACAGGCCCGUUACAGCAUGGCAUUGUGUACUCAGGAGGUUCAUCGGAUACAGUCUGCGAUCUGUUGGGAGCCAAGGGCAAAGACAUUUUAUAUAUUGGAGAUCACAUUUUUGGAGACAUUUUAAAAUCAAAGAAACGGCAAGGUUGGCGAACUUUCUUGGUGAUUCCUGAACUUGCACAGGAGCUCCAUGUCUGGACUGAUAAGAGUGCACUUUUUGAAGAGCUUCAGAGCUUGGAUAUUUUCUUGGCUGAACUCUACAAGCAUCUUGACAGCAGCAGCAACGAGCGCCCAGACAUUAGUUCCAUCCAGAGACGUAUUAAGAAAGUAACUCAUGACAUGGACAUGUGCUAUGGGAUGAUGGGAAGCCUGUUUCGCAGUGGCUCCCGGCAGACCCUCUUUGCCAGUCAGGUGAUGCGAUAUGCUGAUCUCUACGCAGCGUCUUUCAUCAACCUGCUGUAUUAUCCAUUCAGCUACCUCUUCAGAGCUGCCCACGUCUUGAUGCCUCAUGAGUCAACGGUGGAACACACACAUGUAGACAUCAAUGAAAUGGAGUCCCCUCUUGCCACUCGGAACCGCACAUCAGUUGAUUUCAAAGAUACCGACUACAAGCGGCACCAGUUGACGCGGUCAAUUAGUGAGAUUAAACCCCCCAACCUCUUCCCACUGGCCCCCCAGGAAAUUACACACUGCCAUGAUGAAGAUGAUGAUGAGGAGGAGGAAGAGGAAGAAGAAUAAGGAGGAAUAAGAACCAAAACUGAGCACCCAUUAAACAAGCCUGGCAGGACUCACAGGAGCAAAGGAUGGGUUCUAGCGGUGGGUGGGGGAGCUCUGUCAAAGGUACAUCUGGAAAGUUUCUGAAGACUUUAAAAUAUUCUAAUCAUAGAGAGAUACUUUUUAGUUUUGUUUGCACUCUUUGCAGAUGGUUCAAAUUGUAAUGGAGUCUGUAUUGAAAGCAAGCGAGGGGAAAGCCGGGCAGAACUGCAUGAGGAUGGCUCCAUCGUGGCUUGUGACACCGUUUCCUUGUCUUGUUUCCUCAGUGUGCGCUGGAUACCCCUGGGGUGGUGGAGAGUCUCCGAGUGGAGCAAGGGCGAUGGGAAGAGGUGAUCCAAAAUGAUGCUGUGUUACAAAUUGUGUUCUUACUCCGAAAUCCAUCCUGAAAUUUUCAGUGCAUCACAUAGUAUUGUAUAUCAGUGGAGAAAUAUAUUGUUUCCAUUAUCAAAUGUAGUCUUCUGUUAAGGCCAAGUUUCCUUUUAUAAGCUUUGAAGCGUCCUCUGUGCCUUUGGGCAGACUGGGGGCUUUAGUGGCCUUGUGUAAGUAUUUGGUUUGCUGUAGGGCUGGUCUGGAAGGCACUGCAGCGAGUGAUUCUGUUUUGAGGUACAAGUCUUCAUCUCUUACAUUUUUUUUUUCCUUACAUUUUUUUUGACAGCAGAAAUGUAUCAGAAACUGUCUUUUUCUCAUCUGGGAUCAAUCUAUAGAAAGAAUUUAGCUGCAAGAGGGCAAAGGAGCAAACCCUGUGAAAAGAAGAGGAGGAACUUCCUUCCAUUAUGAGUGAAUUCCUUAGUUUGGGCCAGGGUGGACUGCUGAGCUCAAAGUCUAGCUUGAGAGGAUGGGAAGAGGGCUCUGUAAGGUUAGAACCUUACUAGAGCACAGGGCACAAUCAGUGUGAGUAAAUUCUGAAUCCCAGGAGAAAUCACUUCUUGUUUUGAACCAGAAUGGAUCAUUACUGUGUUCAUUAGGGUAUUAGCCCCACAGGCGCAGAGUGGCCUACAGCCGUUCCAGCAGUAGUGUAGACUUGUCCUUGACCCUUCAGAUCUUCCUUCCGUUCUUACUGGUGAACACAGAGUGUAGAUUAGCUGCUCUAGAAUUCAAUAAAGUAUAAUAUUUCUAA